AUGGGCUGCUGCUUCUCACGCCCGCAUGGACCCAACUCUCCUUGUCCGGGGGCUGUCCAGUCCGGGUCUGCACGGGCUACAGAACCCUCUUCUCCCCAUUCCCAGGCUCUCCCUCCACCUGCUCUAACCCAGGGUUCUGAAGAUGGCUCUGCCACCACCCCUCGUCAGCGGACCCGUCGCCGCCGGCCACCUCUGGGCCAGCAUAUCAACAAGCCACUGCGCCGACAAGACUGGACUUCCAAGGAUCACCCGUGGUCCAGGACUGCUCUGGACCGUGAGCGUCUUGAUUUCUUCGAGACGAGAGUCGACGGCCGUCCCGAGAUCUGGCAGGCCCUUCACGCCGCCCUGCGCGUGCUCUGGGAUGCUGAGGUCGACAGCGACGAGCAUGAUCCUGCCAUGGCCCUCGCCACCGCCCAGAGCAUCUUGAAUGCUGUGGACAUCACCCUCCCGACCGGUAACCUAGCCGAUGGCGCCUACGAUUCGCUUGGACAUUACUAUCAGCUGCCCGCACACAUCGUCUCCGAUCCAGUCAACAUCGUCUCUACUAGUCAGCUCGACGGUGUCCUCGACGAUGGUGAAGACAAUCUGAGAGAGGCUGGUGACGCCGCAGCAGAGAAUCCGGACAACGAUGUAGCUGAGAUGCGUAGGGAGGAGAAAGGCAAGGCUGUCGUUGACGUUCGAGCUCAGGUUCUUGCAGUUGUGCGCCCGAGUGACGGCUCGGGAGAUCUCAAGCUCUACCUUGCCAAAGAAGAGACUGUUCGCAGUGUCAUUCGUAGAAUCGUGGAGGAGCCAGGCUUCAAUAAUCGAUCCGCUCACAGCAUUCGCCUUGUUCUUCUUGGCAAGAUUCUCAACGAGAGUCAACCACUCGCGGCCCAAGAUUGGCAACCUGAUCUCGUUCUCAACGCCUUUAUCAGGGACGACCCUCCAAAGUGA